UACGAAAAAAAUUUAUAAGUUUAGUGUGAAUUUUGGUGGUAAAAUGCAUAAAAAGUAUGGUUGAAGAUUUUGAAGUAACCGCCACAUACGAUUUAGUAAUACCGUUUGUUGAGUAGUGUUAACUGCAUGAUUUUUUUGCCUUGUGAAGAAAUAUGCUUCAAUUAAGUUGCAUUCGAGAAUUUGAAAACUGUAAUUCUAAAGUUUGGUUUGUCUGUUGGAAUCCUUCUGGGACGAUAUUAGCUUCCUGUGGUUCUGAUAAGAAAAUACGAUUAUGGGAAAAAAGUAUUAUAUUUUAUUUUAAUUGAAAGAAGAUUGAUGAAGAUGCUGAGCGAUAAUAUAGUUUCUCCUUCAGAUUCUCAAAAUGAAUUUCGGUGCAUACAAACUUUAGAAAAUGGACACAUAAGGACGAUUAGAAGUCUUGCUUGGUCUCCAUGUGGUAAAUAUUUAGCGUCAGCAAGUUUUGAUGCAACAACUUGUAUUUGGAGUGAAGCCAAAGAUUGGGAUUGUAUAGGUACCUUAGAAGGACAUGAAAAUGAAGUUAAAAGUGUUUCUUGGGCCGCCACUGGGAAAUACCUUGCAACAUGCAGCAGAGACAAAAGCGUAUGGGUGUGGGAAUGUAAGAAACUUCAUUUCUUCGAAAAGCUUAUACAUAUUUCUUUAUUUCUCAGUUGAUGAUGAGGAAAACUUUGAAUGUGCUUCUGUGAUGAAUUCUCAUUCACAAGAUGUAAAAUGUAUAAAAUGGAAUCCAAAGUUUGAGAUAUUUGCCUCUAGCAGCUAUGACAAUAGUAUAAAGCUUUAUCGAAAAGGAGCCGAUGAUUGGCUACCAUUUUGUACUUUGGAAGGACACACUUCAACUGUAUGGUCCAUAUCCUGGUCAGGCGAUGGUAAAUAUUUGGUGUCCUGUAGUGACGACAGAAGCUUGAAAAUUUGGAAAGAAGUAGAACCUGAUAUCUGGACAUGUAUUUCCAACUUACCUCAAAGUCAUAGUCGACCAAUUUAUUGUGUUGAUUGGAAACAUAAAUCGCAACUAAUAUCAACUGCUUGCGGAGACGAUUCUGUAAAAGUUUUCAAAGUUCAGGAAUUUUCUAAUGAAAACGCCGAAUUAGUUUUAAAUUUGCAAAGCAAUCAAAUUCGGGCACAUGACGAAGAUGUCAAUUGUGUUGCAUGGCAUCCAAAUGAAGACUUGUUAGCGAGUUGUAGUGAUGAUGGAUCUAUAAAAUUAUGGAAAAUUAGCUAAUAAAUUCUCCCCUAAUUGCUAAUGAUUUCUAAAUAUUACUCGAUUGAUUUUAAAUAAUAGAUUUAUU